AUAAUUCCGAUUUGCAAUUUAUCAGAUUAUUUUCCCAGGUGAGUAAAUUGGAAAGCUGUGAAACACUUGUACAUUUCUGGUGAUGUAUUUCUGUAUGUGAACAUAUCAAUCUUCCUUAAUAGCUGAAAUUCAUUUAUAAAAUCGAGAAUUGAGAGAAUUGAUGAAUGUCUCCAAUCCGUCCCUUGCCAAUUUGGUUUUAAUAAUAAUUGUGAUAGAAGAGCAUGAUAAUAAUCUUGAAAAUAAUCAUUAUAUUUAACUAUUAUUAUUUAAAUGACUAUAAUAAUGAGAAUUUUCAUAUUUUUAAUGUUCGCUUAUAUCAAAAUAAAUCCAACGAUUCAACCAAUGAUGAUUAUUUGUAGAUUAUUCAUUAUGAAACUAGAGAAAUCUUACUCUAGAAAUUAUUUAACAAUUUCAACUUUUCUAUAUGCUAAUCAAUGAAAAUAUCCCUAAUUGAUCAGUCGAUUUCCUUCCUUGAUGGAUUUUAGAGAAAUUAUCAAUUUAAAGUGAUUAGUUCUUCUAUUCAAAUGAAGAAAAUUGUAUUGAGGACAAAACCCCGUGAAUAUUCAUGAAAAAAGGUCUUAUCCUCUCAUUAAAAUAAUUAUAUGUAAGACAUGACAACCGAACCCCACUUGAAGCAAAUAGUAGCCUAUAAACAUUUUAUGCUUGAUCAGAAUAGGUAUAAACUGAAUUUCAAAGUUUAUAUUGAUUUUUGAUUAUGAAUAUUGAAGGAUUUGUAUUGAUUCAUUAUCUUUGUUUUGUAUACUAUAUAUUUAUUGUUCUGUAAAAAAUGUAUCUUUUGAUGAAUAAAUUUUCCAACUGUUUCUUGCAAUUCAUUUAUUGCUGGGAGAUAAUUUGACGAGAUGUAUAAAGUAUGUUUAAUUGUGCAGGUACCGCCCGUCUACAAGCUGGACACAUCGGACGUGGAGCACUGGACAGAGCAAGUCCUGGAGCCGGCCAUGGAGGUGGUGAUGAGUCUGAUUGGGGGCGGUCGAGAGGCGGGGGCGGUGCGACUGCAGCCAAUGGCAGUGGAGGCAGCAACUUCUGUCGCCUCCAGCGAGGAAAGCAUCACCAAAGUUCUGAAGCAGAAACACGAGGUGCGCCACUGCGACGUCUGCGAUCGGAUAUUCAUAGGGGAGUUGCAGCUCAACGAUCACCUCAAAUCCGCCAAGCACCAGAAAGCUGAAAAGAGACGCAAACUACUGGAGCUCGAACAACAACAACAGUCUACAGUCACCUGAAAGGUUCAGGACCCAUGUCCACGAAUUCAAGGCGUUACACGACUUCAUUGCAGCAUUCCUGGAACAAUAUUGGAAUCGAAUUAGAACUGUUGUUCCUUUCCCAAUCAUUCAUAGUUGAGAAUUAUAUUGUAACCUAUGUAUCAAUGUAUCAAUAAAUAAAUGUAAUUAGGAA